AUGGAGAGAGCAUGCUAUUACUUUCCUGUAGGACUUUUAGUAGCCACUUCUCUGUUAGCCGUGGGCACAGGCGAUAUCAUAACUGAUAAAUCUGACCUUGUAGCUUUCAAAAAUCACAUAGUUCUUGAUCCUCACUCAAUUGUGGCAAAAAAUUGGUCCAUUUCUUCUUCUGUUUGUGAUUGGAUUGGAGUUACAUGUGACUUUGGUCGUCAAAGAGUGGUCGCAUUAAAUAUUUCUAACAUGGGUUUUGCAGGCACGAUUCCUCCACAACUGGGAAACCUCUCAUUCCUUGUUUCUGUCGACAUGAGCAACAACAAUUUUUAUGGUCAUUUGCCAAAAGGAAUGUCUCAUUUGCGUCGACUAAGUUUCAUGGCUUUAGGCAACAACAUUCUCACGGGAGAAAUUCCAUCAUGGUUAGGUGUCUUGGAUAGACUUCAAUACCUGUCCUUGAGAGAGAAUAAUUUUGUUGGCCAUCUUCCUGCUAACAUAUGCGACAACCUUCCAAAUCUAAAAAAGCUCGAUCUGUAUUGGAAUCAAUUGAGUGGCCAGCUACUAUCAGGUUUAUCAAACUGCUCCGGACUCAAGUCGUUAGAUUUGUCACUCAACCAGUUCAAUGGUUACAUACCAAAAGCGGUGGGGAACCUGAAAAUGCUUGAGGAGCUACAUCUCUAUUAUAACAAUUUGGAAGGUGAUCUUCUGAAACGAAACUCUGAAUCUACCCACGAAAGCAGCAACACGGUUCUAUGCCACCCACAAUCUUCAAAAUCUCCACACUGGAAUUUGUUGAUUUUGCAGAAUAACAAUUAUCUGUUUAUCGUAAUAUUAACACUUUUUGGGCAUAGUUGCUCAGCUAGUCCGUAA